AGUGGGCAGGUAACGGUUAACUUCUGCACAAGUGAGAAAAAUAUGUUCGCCUUAACAGAGUUGGGCUAAGCAAGCUGGAUUUCCUGAGCACAUUUUACUUGCAUUAAUUGGAUUAUUUGUUGGCAGCGUAGAGGAGAAAUUAAAAAAAAAAUGUAGGAGCUGUGCGUAAAAAUCCACAAGAUUCCACUGAGGGCUUGAGCGUCGGAGGGAGGAUUGUGCCAAAGUGCGACUUGAGGAGCAGCUUAUUCAUGCAAAUUCAUAAAAUCAUAGGCGUGCCUUUGGGCGAUGGAGUCACAGCCGGAAAAGCAAACCCCCUCCUGGAUCAUCAGCGAGCUUCAAAGACUGUGAUGCGCUGCGCUCGGACGCAUUGACGGCGGCAGCGGAGCAAAUGUUUUAAAGCGCAGGGAAACAGAAGAGAAAGUUAUCGCUCGAUUUCUACACGCUUCUGUUGACUGGAUGCACUUCCUCCUCUACGCGAACACCAGCUUUGACUGCUGCGCCACUGGACCUCCAACCACAGGCUUAUUGCGUUGCACUGUAACGUCCUGUCGAAACUAUCACCACUUGCCUUGGGUCUUUUAUUUUUGAAACUAAGUUUUUGACAAUUUGGACGAAUUCAAACUUGAAGAAACCUCAAACGGAUGACAUUAUCCCUACACUACGCAGAAUAGUUUGUGCGUAAUAUUCGUUCCUUUUUCAGAUUUUUAUUUUAUUUUACAUUGCAUCUGUGAGGACUUUUUACCCUUCACCAUGUCAGAGGACGACAGCAGCUCCACCACCAGCUGUAUGUCUGACACAGAAAGCAGCAACGUGAGCGUCCUCAGCUGGGAGCAAGUGCAGCGGCUGGACGCCAUCCUGACGGAGACCAUCCCCAUCCACGGCCGCGGAAACUUCCCGACUCUGGAAAUGCAGCCGAGGCAGAUCGUUAAAGUUGUGCGCAGUCGGAUGGAGGAGAAACAAAUCCACGUCCGGGACGUUCGGUUAAACGGCUCUGCAGCCAGCCACAUCUUGCACGAGGACAGUGGACUGGGCUUUAAGGAUCUUGACCUCAUAUUUUGCGCAGACAUGAAAGGUGAAAGUGAUUUCCAGACUGUGAAGGACAUAGUUUUGGACUGUCUGCUGGACUUUUUACCCGACUGUGUGAAUAAAGAGAAAAUAACCCCGUUAACGUUAAAGGAGGCCUAUGUGCAGAAGAUGGUGAAGGUGUGCAAUGACUCAGACCGCUGGAGCCUUAUCUCUCUUUCCAACAACCGGGGUAAGAACGUGGAGCUGAAGUUUGUGGACUCUCUCCGGAGGCAGUUUGAGUUCAGCGUGGACUCCUUUCAGAUCAAAUUGGACUCCCUGCUGUUGUUCUACGAGUGCUCAGAGAACCCCAUGGCCGAGACCUUCCACCCCACCAUCAUGGGUGAGAGCGUUUACGGAGACUUCUGCGAAGCCCUGGACCACUUACGCCACAAAAUCAUCUGCACCCGUAACCCAGAGGAGAUCAGAGGUGGGGGUCUGCUGAAGUACUGUCACCUGCUAGUGAGGGGGUUCAGGGCCGCGUCAGAGUCUGAGAUGAAGUCCCUGCAGCGCUACAUGUGCUCACGAUUCUUCAUUGACUUCCCUGACAUCGGAGAGCAGCAGCGCAAGCUGGAGUCCUACCUGCAGAACCACUUUGUGGGCCUGGAGGACCGCAAGUACGACUACCUGAUGACCCUCCAUGGAGUGGUCAACGAGAGUACGGUGUGCCUGAUGGGACAUGAGAGGCGGCAGACCUUAGGGCUCAUAGCCAUGCUGGCAGUACGAGUUCUUGCAGAACAGAACAUCAUCCCCAACGUGGCUAAUGUUACAUGUUACUACCAACCUGCUCCUUAUGUGGCAGAUGGAAACUUCAGUAACUACUACAUAGCCCAGGUACAGCCGGUGUUUGCCUGCCAGCAGCCUGCAUACUCCACCUGGCUGCCCUGUAACUGAGUCAGCCCGGAGCAGAAGAGGGGGGAGUCUGAUUUGUUUAAACAGGAGUAAGCGGCACUCAAACCUGCCCUGUGUUUGACAGCUGACACAAUGCUUGUGUGUUUGUUCAUACUUUUAGUAUGAACACUUGGCUUUCACUACAAGUGUUUGGAUGUGAAUAUCUCAUGUUUGUUGAAAUGCCAACGUCUCCUGAUCCUAACCCGGCCGGCCAGCUGCGGAAAACACUCAUUUGUGCAGCUUGUAAAACAAAAGCUAAAGCAAACGUGCGGCGUCUCGAAUGCAAGCGGCUGAUGUUUCAACCAAACCUGCAUGAGACUGAUUGAAUCUGUCAAGUAUUGAUAAGGCAGCACAUUCCAGCUGAAGACCUAACAGCUCAUCAAGGCUCGUGAUUGAACACCUAAGACUCUGCUGUGCAUCAGCUAAGCUGAGGCGAGAUUCUCUUUAACUAGUUUGGAUAACAAACUGGCAUCUCUGCCUUGCAUUUGGAUAUAAUUAUGGUUGUUUACAGACCAAAGAUUUUUCUCUUUGAUUGUUUCUAACAUAAAAACCCAGUUUUGAUGGGGAAAUAAAAUAUGAAGCUAUGUCUAUUUGUAUAUGUGAACAUAUUUGUGUUUUUAAGUGCCUAUGCCUCUCAGUGAGCAGAGAAAAGAAUGAGCAGACCAAGUUAUUUGUGAAAAAGCCCCAAUCUGUUUAUUCUCAUGACAACAGCACCCCAGAGGCUUGUGAAUGUAUAUGUAAAACCAUGCACAUGUCAGUGUUUGUGAACAUUUGGAUGGGAGAGAGCACCAUGUGUGUGUUAGGAUUUAGCAGUAAAAUAGCUUUCAAAUGUUACUGUUUCACAUGGUUGGUCUGAAAAAUCAAACAUCACCAACUGUAUCAAUACUUAUGUUUUGUAUUUGCUGUAAGAAACCAUGACGAAGCAUUUUCAGACCAUUUGCAGCUAAGAAAACUGUCACUCACAAUUUCCUGUAUAUUUUGUAAAGUGGUGCUUCUCUUUUUCUCGUCUGUAAGUUCACAAGAAGUAGAUAAAGACGGUGAGGAAAGGCUCAGAGCCGACGCGGAGCCGGUGUGUGCUUCCUCAUACAGUGAAAGGGUAUUUACAGAGACACCUCAGAUGAUGAGACACUUAUUUGCUGUAGCACCCUGGCAGGGAAUUCCUCAGCUGCUGCUGAAGAGCUUGAACUUAGCUGGGGUUGGGUGUGCAGACGCUCUGUUCAAGACUCAGAAAUGUUGUGCCAAACAUUGGUGGCCCCUGCUGAAAAAAACUAAAGUUUAAUGAGGCGGCUUAUUGAUGAAUGAAAAGUAGCUGAGUGGAUACAGAUGAUGAGGAAAAGACAAAAAAAAGGAGCAUAAAUGUAGUGGUGUGAAAGAGGAGGAGAGCGAGUCAGUCUGGAGAGAUGGGUGCAGCUGGUGAUGGGGUUUAUCUACCAUGCUUUACUGUACUAACAACGUCUGUUAAGGUCACAUCAUGACUAAAGGAGCAGUGCUGCAGCUCCUCCCUCUUCAGGGGGACCAAACCAUCCUUUUAUUAUUAGCUUUUUGUGUUUCAAUUGUGAUUGUGCAAAAGAGUGCAAACAGGAGAAAUCUACAUUAUCAGCAGCUUCAGGAGUUUGGUUUUAUUUUUAAGGGUAUGAUAGAAUGCUUUAUUCCACAUCAUUUAGAUAACAGUGUACAUACAUGAUAACAUGCUACAGCUUUGCCAACUUAACUUCUUUAGUGCAGCCUUUUCAUGUGGGAUAGCAAAGGAUUCGUAAGCGUUACAGGAAGUGAAGGCCCGGAAAACCAGCAAACUCAAAACUGCAUUGAAAAGGGAAAAUGUCACGCUGAAAAAAAAAAAGCAUCUUUCCUCUGUUCUUACUUAGUCUGAAAAUGCAUACUUUGUUCUCUUCUCAGCCCAUGUCGAUGAUAUCCUUUGGAUUGUGCAGGCAAACGUGUUGUCAGUUUAUUCGCAGUGACGUCCUAACAGCUAACUAGCUAGCUAGCUGCCUGUCAGUUAGUGAUUGUGCCUGUCAGUUAGAGAUUGUGGGUUUACUGCAUUGUCUUGUUACUGCAUUGUCGUCUCAGAUAUGUUUCUGUCCAUGCAGUCUUUUACAAAUCACACUUUGAAAAAGGAAGAAAAAGAUCUUUGUCUUGUAUGUAUAUUUUUUAUGAUUGUUAUUUUUAUAAAUGUAUCACUGCAGGUGUUGCGGUGCUUUUGAAUCUGUGAUCGGGCUUCAGAGGACAUGUUCUCAAUAGCUUUUUUGCUAUAUAAUGUUAUGUGUCCAAUGGGUCAAGGUAAAAGAUGUUUUCAUCAAUAAAAUAUCUGAAAAUCA